GGAGGAGGAGGAGGAGGGAACUUUGGGGAAAGUUUGAAUUUAUUUGUGCUCCGGGGGAGGCGGACGGGCGAAGACCUUCCGCGCAAAGGAGCGGGGGACGGGGCUCUCCAUCCUCGCCAAGGGACCCUCCGCCCCGGGAGGCCCCGAUCCGGCCCCGGCGCCCAGCCAUGGGGGACCCUGAGGGAGAAGGGGAAGAAGCGGCGGCGGAGUUCGAGCGCCACUGGCGCCUCGAGUUCCCCGGCGAGGCGGCGCCGGCGCUGCGCCUCCACUCGGUGGCUUCCAUGGAGGAGGAGCUGGGCCGGUGCCGGCGGACGCUGCAGCGGCUCCAGCGGGCCCUGGAGGAGGAGAAGUUCAAAGUGGUCUACUUGGAGGCGGCGCUGCAGCGGCGGGGAGGAGAAGGAGGCGGAGGAGAGCCGCCCGCCCCGUCCAGCCCCUGCGCGCCCGGGGCGCACAAGGAGACGCCGAAGGGUCUUUCCAGCCCCGGCGCGCCUAGGGCGCACGACUCGGCGCCGGGGGAGCCCCCGUUGGCCCGGCGCUUGCCUCCGCCGCCGCCCCCUCGCCUCUGGAAACGCCCCCCAAUUCGGGAGCUCCCCGACGGCUGCGGCUCCCCCGAGCGCCACCUGCGCCUGGUCCAGGAAAGCGAGUCUCCCGGCUGCAGCUGCGACUCCGAAAGAGCGGGAGGAGGAGGAGGAAACAGCGACUGGAGCUGUACCAGCUCCGACCACGAGGAUGCUUCGUCCGUAGAUUUCAACUAUGGCAUGGAGGAUUAUGACGCUGAGGGGAACGAGGAGCCCAAGGCCCCCCCUGGGGGCUCGGAGACCAUGCCCUACAUCGACGAGUCGCCCACCAUGUCGCCUCAGCUCAGCGCCCGCGGCCAAGAGGGCGGGAACGGCGGAGACGGGUGCGAGAGCCUCUCGCCCACCCCAGCGGAUGGACUGGGGACUGUGGGUGGACAAGAUGCUGGGAAGGGGGUGGACAUGCGGAGGUUGGUCCUAAAGGAUUUCCUGGCCAGUGAGGAGAUGUACAUCAACCAGCUGGAAGCACUAUUACUGCCCAUGAAGCCCCUAAAAGCAACAGCCACCACCUCCCAGCCUGUCCUCACGAUCCAGCAGAUCGAGACCAUCUUCUACAAGAUCCAGGACAUUUACGAGAUCCACAAGGAGUUCUACGACAGCCUUUGGCCCCAGGUCCAGAACUGGGACAGCAGUGUCGUGCUUGGCCACCUUUUCCAGAAGCUGGCUAGCCAGCUGGGGGUGUACAAGGCCUUCGUGGACAACUACAAAAUUGCGCUGGAGACGGCAGAAAAAUGCAGCCAGAGCAACAACCAAUUUCAGAAAAUCUCAGAGGAGCUGAAAGUCAAGGGCCCAAAGGAUUCAAAAGAGAGCCACACCUCCGUUACCAUGGAAGCGCUGCUGUACAAACCUAUAAAUCGAGUGACCCGGAGCACUCUUGUAUUACACGAUCUGCUCAAGCACACUCCUUCUGACCACCCCGACUACCCGCUGCUCCAAGAUGCCCUCCGUAUCUCUCAGAACUUCCUCUCCAGUAUCAAUGAGGACAUCGACCCCCGCAGGACGGCAGUCACCACCCCCAAAGGAGAGACGCGGCAACUGGUCAAGGACGGCUUCUUGGUGGAGUUGGCCGAGGGCUCCCGCAAGCUGCGCCAUGUCUUCCUCUUCACAGACGUCCUUCUCUGUGCCAAGCUGAAGAAAACAGGCGUGGGGAAACACCAGCAAUAUGACUGCAAGUGGUACAUGCCCUUGGCCGAACUGGUGUUCCCGUCACUGGAGGAGUCGGACUCCUGCCCACACGUCCAUGCCAUGCCUGACCACGACCUGGAGGACAUGAAGAUAAAGAUCUCCUCUAUGAAGAGCGAGGUGCAGAAGGAGAAGGCGAACAAGGGUCAGAGCCGAGCGAUGGAACGGCUAAAGAAGAAGAUGUUUGACAACGAGUUCUGGCUCCUGCUCAACUCCCCAUCCAUCCCCUUCCGGAUCCACAACCGCAAUGGGAAAAGCUACCUGUUCCUGCUUUCCUCCGACUACGAGCGAGCCGAGUGGAGGGAGGCCAUCCAAAAGCUGCAGAAGAAAGAUCUCCAGACCUUUGUGCUAAGCUCUGUGGAGCUGCAGGUCCUGACAGGGUCGUGCUUCAAGCUACGCACCGUCCACAACAUUCCCGUCACCAGCAAUAAGGACGAUGACGAAUCUCCUGGGAUGUACGGCUUCUUACAUGUUAUCGUCCACUCUGCCACGGGCUUCAAACAAUCUGCUAACCUCUACUGCACGCUGGAAGUCGACUCUUUUGGCUAUUUUGUCAGCAAAGCCAAGACACGGGUGUUCCGGGACACGACCGAGCCCCAGUGGAAUGAGGAGUUUGAGAUUGAGCUGGAGGGCUCACAGUCGCUGCGGAUCCUCUGCUACGAGAAAUGCUAUGACAAGAGCAAGAUGAACAAGGACAACAACGAGAUCGUGGACAAGAUCAUGGGCAAGGGGCAGGUCCAGCUGGAUCCCCAGACGGUGCAGACCAAGAACUGGCACAUGGAUGUGAUUGAAAUGAAUGGGAUCAAAGUGGAGUUCUCUAUGAAGUUCACCAGCCGCGACUUGAGCCUUAAAAGGACCCCAUCGAAAAAGCAGACGGGAGUCUUCGGGGUAAAAAUCAGCGUCGUCACAAAGCGCGAGCGCUCCAAAGUGCCCUACAUUGUGCGCCAGUGCGUUGAGGAAGUGGAGAAGCGCGGCAUUGAUGAAGUGGGGAUCUACCGGAUCUCAGGGGUGGCCACGGACAUCCAGGCCUUGAAAGCAGCCUUUGACGCCAACAGCAAAGACAUCCUGAUGAUGCUGAGCGACAUGGACAUCAAUGCUAUCGCAGGCACCCUGAAGCUGUAUUUCCGCGAGCUCCCUGAGCCUCUUCUCACGGAUCGGCUUUAUCCUGCUUUUAUGGAGGGUAUCGCACUCUCUGACCCAACAGCCAAGGAGAACUGUAUGAUGCACCUUCUGCGUUCUCUGCCUGACCCCAACCUCAUCACAUUCCUCUUUCUGCUAGAACACUUGAAACGGGUGGCUGAGAAGGAGCCCAUCAACAAAAUGUCCCUGCACAAUCUGGCCACCGUGUUUGGUCCAACGUUGCUGAGACCUUCUGAAGUGGAGAGCAAAGGGCAGCACCUCACGUUGGCCUCAGAUAUCUGGUCCCACGACGUAAUGGCGCAGGUGCAAGUGCUACUCUACUAUUUACAGCACACGCCCAUCUCCUUUGCCGAGCUCAAACGCAACGCACUCUACUUCUCCACAGACGUGUAGCCCCGGGGCCCUGCAGCCACCUGCAUUUUUCUAAGCCGAGGGGCGCAGCACAGACUCAUGAAUCCGAGCACGGAUCCUGCUGAGAAUAACGCCGCUGCCCUGGAACCAGACGCUGCCCCAUACCUCAUGGGACGAUUUUGUAUCAGCCCCACACCCUUCUUCCCCCCCUGCCCACCUCCCAGCACAGUAGUCCACGUCUCUCGUACUUCUCGUGUCCAGGAGUCAUUUUUAUGUCCCAUUUCUUGAGCAGUGGGAAGGAAGCGAGCGACGGAUGAAGACACAGCCUCUUGUUUCUUCCCCAAAAUGGUUGCCGCCUUCUGGGUCCAACAGAGCUUCGCUGCAGCCAAGUCCUCUCCUCCAGCCGGCCUCGCCACCCGCAACAAUGCUUGAUCUUUUUGCUCCCUGCCUUUGUGGCCUGCAUGUACGCUGCUUGCUUGGAUUUUCCUGCUUUUGGAGGCUUAGGAGGACACCAAGGGCUCUUCCCCUCGUCCUGGUCAAUCUACAUUCUCUUCGCUUUUGUCUCGCCUGACAGACCUGGUUGCUGAACUCUGCAUUCUUUUACCCCAGCUGGCAGGGCUGAAGACAGCAGCAUUUUCGUUUUUAAAAAGCCCUGCCUAUUCCAGCUCCCCCCACUUUUUUAAUGCUGGGGGAGCCUCUCGUCCUGUGACUCCUGUGCCUCGGUAGGCUUUGUAACUGUGCAUAAUGUGGGGGGGGGGGGUAAAGCAGCCAUCUUCCUGUUUUAUUCUGUAAAAAGGUUUUAAUAAUGAACCUUGAUGGCAGGAAAGUGAAGAGAAAGUGGCUGCUUGCUAGUCUUAGAUGUGUGUGCGUGUGGCAGAGAGUGAUACCUACCUCCCCAUCCCCGCUGCCCUGCUGUGUUGCCCACAAUCACUUUAUUUAUGGUUAGAUUCUCUUGGGACUAAUUCAAACUUAAUCCUUGGAAAGGAAAUCAGAUCUUAAUGAGGGCGAGACUGUCCUGCUCCCCACCCCUGAAAGGAUUAUUUGGCUGGCCGAGAGGAAGGCUGGUUGCCUUGUGGCCGUGCCUCUUGCAGGUGGCUCUCGCUAGCCAAGCCUGGCCAGGGAGCCAGUGGGUAUUUCCUGCUCCCACCUCCUCCACAUGGCUUUGAUCCAGCCCAGCCAUCCGCCGGGGCUGUUGGGCACCUUUCCUCCAGGAGGGUGUCUGGAAAAGGGGCCGUUUCUCAGUGCUUCACGCAGCAUGGCUUACAGGGUUCAGCUAAGGAAGACUCAGGUUGGAUGUGAAAGGUGUCAUUUCAGCCCUUAAGAGCCCCCACCUGCACCCCCCAUUUCUCUCUUUCUGCGAGAGAUCGGGCGAAGCAGCCGAGGAGAGUGCAGCCCUCCAAAGGAGUGGGGGCUCUGUGUUCCCGAUUGCCGCCCCACUCACACACCCAGGUGCCAAGCAGCAAUCCAGCAAUGAGUUGUAUUGGCAAGCUAGACAGCCCUUUGUUUCAUAGAGAGGUCCCUCACCCUCACAAGAGAAAUGACUUCCAGGCCUGCCCCCUCCACGUUAAGUGACUUCGGCCACACUUUCCGCCCAGGACAAUGGAGUGUUCUGUGGCCCACCGUUCAGGGACCAGAAAUGUUUUGCUGGCCAGAGUUGUUAUUUUUCGGGCCCUCCUGCACAGAUCCUUGUGGGUCUGCAUCUACCUUUAUGUAUGUGUCUGUGGAAGCUGAAGUCAUUCCUAAGCCAGAGCGCCUCCGCGCACUUCUGAGUGUCAGAAUCUGAUACCAGCAUAGCCAGCCCCCCCCCCGACAACUGCACUUGCUCUUUUUUCUGAUGGUGAGGAAGGGGAGACUGGGACUCCUGGAGCUACAGGUUAGAUUAGAAACUGUAUAAUUGAUAUUUGACUUGUUUAAGGAUAUAUAUUAUAUAUAUAUAUAUAUUUUUGGUUGUGUUCCGUUGCAGGUUUUUUCUCCCCUCUCUGUAGAUGACAAACUUUAAAUGGAUGUAAACCAUGUGAGGAGAUUAAAAAAAAAAGUUAAUAAAAUGCAAAGCCCAAACAUUUGCACAAAUUA